UGCCGCGAGUCGCUCCUGAGGGAGGUUGGAACGCGCUCACCGGCCCCGCCUCCGCCUCCCUCUGCAUUGGCCGCACUGGAAGAGGCGGGUCUCCCAUUGGCUGCGCGUCAUAGCAUCGGCCCUCCGGAUAGGACGGACGUCUACUGCCAUCUGAAGGCCCCGCCUCCAUAAACAGGAACUAGAGCGGUCCCGAGUCCCUGAAGUAAAAGUCGAGUCGAGGGAAGAAAAGAUUGACAGCCAUCCACGGGGGCCGGUAGAAAGAAGCAAGCGUCCCUCGCCCCUCGCCCGCCCCUGCGGUGUCGCGGAGUCUCUCAGCGGGAACGAGCGGUGACCUCAGGAGAGAGGGGGAAAGGAGGAAGCCGGCAGAACGGCUGGAGCGUAGUGCGCAUGCGCGCUAGCCCGGCCGGCCUCACGUGACUCGUCUUAUUUUAACCGAUGGCUAGCAUGAAGAGAUGCGCCUGCGCAAGUCCUCAAGGGUUGCUGCCUCCAUCAUGUCCCUUUUCACCUUGGGGGUCUUUCUCGGGGUGGCCGCUUGCACUUCCUCGCUGAACAACGGUCUGCUGAGGACGCCGCCCAUGGGCUGGGUCCCCUGGGAGCGCUUUAGGUGUAACACAGACUGUAAAAACGACCCUGACAACUGUAUCAGCGAACGCUUGAUCAAGUCUAUGGCAGACAGGCUGGCCGGCGACGGAUGGAAAAGACUGGGCUAUGAAUAUGUCAACCUGGACGACUGCUGGGAAGCCCCAAAGCGAGAUGCUCAAGGCAGACUCCAGCCGGACCCCGAAAGGUUUCCCAGUGGCAUUAAAGCCCUUGCUGACUAUGUUCACUCCAAAGGCCUGAAAUUUGGCAUUUACAGUGACCUGGGAAGUGCCACCUGUGAACACUACCCGGGGACGCCCCUGGAGGCUCUCGACACCGACGCCAGGACUUUUGCCGAAUGGGGAGUUGACCUGCUGAAGCUGGAUGGCUGUUUUUCCAACUCCUCCACCAAGGCCAUCGGCUAUCCAAAGAUGAGCCUGUCGCUGAACAAAACCGGGCGCCCAAUUGCUUUCUCGUGCAGCUGGCCCGCCUACGAAGGGGGCCUUCCUCCAAAGGUGAAUUAUACUUUACUUGGCAAAACGUGUAACCUGUGGAGGAACUACCUGGAUAUUCAAGACUCUUGGGCCCGGCUGUUCCGCAUCAUCGAGUGGUACGGAGACCAUCAGGACGUGCUGCAGCCGGCGGCUGGGCCAGGAGGGUGGAACGACCCGGACACGCUGAUCAUUGGUGACUUUGGCCUGAGUCACGAGCAGUCCAAGGUGCAGGUGGCCCUGUGGGCAAUCCUGGCGGCCCCUUUCUUCAUGUCCUGCAACUUGCGGACCAUUUCGGAGGAGGCCAAGGACCUGCUGCAGAAUCCGCUUCUGAUCUACAUCAACCAGGAUUCCCUGGGGAUUCAAGGCCGGCGCAUCACAAAGAGCCACUACUUUGAAGUAUGGAAGAGGCCCCUCGUCGACGGCCAGUACGCGGUCGCCAUCAUGAACAACGGCACAGACGGGAUGCCGAGGCCUUUUGCCACCACGGCGGGACUGCUGGGCAUCUCGGACUGCCCGGCGGGCUACAAAAUCUACAACGUGCUGGACAAGCUGUUCAUGGGAGACUAUCGGCCGAACGACACCAUCACAUCCAAGGUUGCUCCAACGGGGGUCAUCCUGAUGUUUCUCAGACCUCGGUGCUGACCCUCCCUCCCUCCCACUUGGAGACGGUCAGGAGGGGAAGCAGAGAGGCCCGGGCUCUUUGGCCGAGGUCACGGAUGUCCUUCAGGGCUGCUGUGGCUUCUCCCUUGAGACUCAACGCGGGCUAUAAAUCGCACUUGGAAAGAGCUGCCUUCCCUUCUGGGUACUUCUUAAAACUUCUUACUCAAAGGUCUUUCUCUAGGGGCGCCACAGAGAGGACCCUCCAAGAAGAAGCCCCCCCCCGUGGGAAUGAAUGGAAGGCUGACUUGCAGAGUUUUUUGGGGGGGGGGUUGAGGCUGUUCACACAGCAAGACGAGGGGCUUGGCCCCACCCAAGCAUUCCUGGGCCCAUGCUGCAGGAUGGCUGCUGGUGUGUGUCUUGUCUGUUUUUGUGUUGCACCUGGCAACGUUGUCACCUUUUCCCACCCAAUCCAGUAACUGGCACACAGGAAGCAGCCCUCAAAAAAAUAUCUGAACCUGGGAGCGGGUUGAGCAGAAAGCAGGUGGAAAUUCACCCCCCC